GCGGGUGUGUGAAUGCGGGGAGCAGAGUGAGUCAGAGUGGUUCCAGUGUAUCCCGGAGAGUAGCAGGGGGGCGCAAGCAUGUUGUAACAGGACUGGUGUACUGUACACUGUUCAGCAGGUACACCGCGCAGCUGGGGAGGAUAUACACAGAAACCAAUAAAACACGCCCUUUCAGAUUUCUAACUCUCCCUUUACACUGCAAGGAAGCAAAGAAAGGCGGUGAGACAGAGAGAGAGAGAGAGAGAGAGAGAGAAAUCAGCGGUGUGUGGAACCCAAAAGAAAACGCAAGACCAGGAAAUUAGUCUGUAGUACCUCUGCUAGCCUCGAUAGAUCGGUGAAGGUCAAGUCCCACCGAAGCCGAAGAUGAGCGAAACCAGUAUAUGCCAGGCUCGAGCCACGGUGAUGAUCUAUGAUGAUGCCAAUAAGAAAUGGGUUCCGGCAGGCACCGGGCCACAGGUUUUCAGUCGUGUCCACAUCUACCACAACCCCGGCAACAACACCUUCCGAGUGGUGGGCCGUAAAAUCCAGCAGGAUCAGCAGGUAGUGAUAAACUGCCCGAUCGUCAAAGGCCUCAAGUAUAACCAGGCCACACCGAGUUUCCACCAGUGGAGAGACAUGCGGCAGGUCUGGGGGCUGAACUUUGGGAGCAAGGAGGACGCAGUGCUGUUUGCCAACGGGAUGCAGCAUGCCCUCGAAAUACUCGACAGCACGGCGGUUGCGGGGCACGGGCCGCCUCGAGCAGUCAACAACGGGCCAACGGCCGAGGAGUUGGAACAGCAGAGAAGGCAACAGCAGAAACAGGAACAGCUGGAGCGCGAGCAACAGGAACGGCGCAAUGCAGUGCCUGUUCCACCUGCCCCUCCCAUGUCUACUGGGGGGGCCCCGGGACCUCCUCCGCCUCCGGGACCACCACCACAAUCGGGAGUGCCUCCCCCGCCCGGACCCCCACCACCCUCGGGGGGAGGACCCCCUCCGCCGCCACCCCUCCCUCCCUCCUCCAGCUCGGGAGGGGGUGGUUCCGGAGCGGGUGGGGGGCUAGCUGCCGCUCUGCAAGCCGCCAAGCUGAAGAAAGCUGCCAAGGCUGAGGAGAACGCGUCGGCUGGUAGCUCGAGCCCCAAGAUUGACAGCGGCCGGAGUGGAGGAGGCGGAGGAGGAGGAGGAGGCCUCAUGGAGGAGAUGAGCGCCAUGCUUGCACGAAGGUGUGGGAGCUCUUCCUGUGGCGUUAGCGGGCUCAGGAGGAAAGUGGCCGACAAACCCCCCCCAAAGAAGGAUGAAGAACCAAAUCAAGACGCCAGCCCAGUGACUAAGGCGCCUGCUCUCCAGAGCACUGAGUCGGUAAAGAGACCGUGGGAGCGAAACGCCUCCACGAUGCCCAGAAAUAACUCCACUGUGAAGAGCGCAGACUCGCCCGGUGGCUCCCCGAGCUCGGUCUCCCAUAGAGCGAAGCCCGCCCAGAGCGCUAACGAAGCGAGCUCGGAAGAUGGCGAUGCCGAUCGGAUGAAGCAGGAGCUGCUGGAGGAAGUGAGGAAGGAACUGCAGAAAGUCAAAGAGGAGAUAAUUGAAGCUGUUCGGCAAGAGAUGCGGCGCCUGACUUCAUAAGAGUUUUCGUGUCAGUAGCAGCAAACGUCGGUCCUGCCAGCAACCAGAGAUGAGCCCACUGCGUGGCCAAGGAGCACAAAGACUUAUUUUUAAAAUUUUGAAAAGGAAAAAAAAAAUAGUCUGGAUGGGGAAUGAUAAGCACACCUCUAACCCAGUUUCAACGAUGAGUUUCUGUUUGUUUCAUUUGUGCCUUUAUUAAUUCUGCCUUUUAUUUUUGGAAUUCUUGAUUAUCACUCAAGGUAUGUAUGACUUUCCUCAUAUUAAAAUAGCGGUGAAGGUUU